AUGGCGAUGAUUGUGGAUGCUUUUGCUGGAAAGCUGGUGGAGAGGCUCACAAAUGUCAUUGAAGAGAAGGCCAUCAUGGUGUUAGGAGUCAAAGAUGAGCUCCAAAGGCUCCGGAGAAGGAUGAAGAGGCUCGCACUUGUGCUCAAGGAUGCUGAGAGAAGGAGGAUCCAAGACGAGGCUGUCAAAGGUUGGGUGGAUGAGCUGAAAGAUGUCAUGUAUGACGCCGAAGACAUCAUUGAUCUUUGCAUGAUACAGGGCAUGGGGCUGUUGCAAGAUGAUCAUCAUUCUCCGGCUGAGUCAUCAAGUAGUACUGCUUCGAAACGGGUACGCUGCUAUAACUUUCCUCUGCUCUCUUGUGUGCGCAGUGUGCCAUUUCGGUAUGAGAUUUCUGAUAAAAUUAAGAAUCUCAAUGUUAAGUUAGAAGAGAUAUCUGAGGACAAGGACAAGUUUAACUUCAUAAAUUCUUCUUCUAACUCAGGUGAUGCAUAUGUUGUGAAUCAACCUUCUUCUCAUCAGAGUUCCUCCUUACCUGAACCUGACAUUGUGGGGUGGGAUAUCAGAGAUGCAACCAAUAGUCUUGUUGAAUUAUUGGUCUCUCCUCAUGAACAGAAAUGCCGUCUUUUUGCCAUUGUCGAUGUAUGGAUUGAAUUAAUUAAAAGUCUGAUACAAAUAGCAACAACAAAAUGUAGAGUUUUGGUUACCACAAGAGACAGAAAUAUUGCUAUGAAAAUGAGGGCAGUUCAUAUCCACAAUGCCAGUAAAUUGUCUUCGGACUUUGGUUGGGAAUUACUCUGUAAGAAUGUUUUCACAAACAAUGAGGUAAGCGAUAUGCAAAGAAUGAAGGACAUUGGGAUGCAAAUCAUUGAGAAAUGCGAUGGUCUUCCAAUCUCAAGCAAAGCUAUUGCCGGUGUUCUACUAACAAAAGACCGAAAUAAGAGAGAAUGGGAGAAUGUUCUUCACAACGAUGCAUGGACUAUUACUGGACUUCCCAAAGAGCUCCGUGGAGCAUUAUAUUUGAGCUAUAAAGAUUUACCUUCUGCUCUUAAACAAUGUUUCCUAUAUUGUUCUCUUAAGCCAAAAAAUUGUGAAUUUGAUUAUUAUGAACUUGUUCCUGAAUGGAUUGCAGAAGGUUAUAUAAAAGCUAGUGGAAAUUCAUCAAUGGAGGAUGUUGCUAAAGACUAUUACAUGGAAUUAAUUAAGAGGAGUUUCUUACAACCUAAUCCAGAUUAUGUUGAUAUGUCCACAUGCACAGUGCAUGAUUUGUUGAGAGGUCUUGCUCAGGCUUUAGCAGGCGAUGAAAACUUUAUAGGAGAUCCACAAGAUGCACAAAAAACUGAUUCAAUUAAAAUAGGUACGUCGUCUGACAGUGUCAAGUGA